AUGGUGUUGAUUGCAGACUUUGUCCUGCUGCUUUCUCCUGUGAUGGAGAAACAGUGUGGACCUGGAGAAGAACCAGACCUAAACCGAACCGAGUGCACUGAAUGUCCAGAAGGCUACUACUCCACUCUGUGCAGUGGCCAGUGUGAGCUGUGCCCGGCAGGUCGUCAUUGCCCUUACAGAGGGAUGUCCCAGCCUUUGCCAUGUCCUAUCGGGCAGUACACAGAUGUUCCCGGCCAGAUCUCAUGUAAGAGCUGUAAUGGAAGUGCUGCAUGUAGAGUUAUUGGAGCUCAGACCAGGAGUAGAACAGAGCUUCAGCCGGGCCAGAGGAACAAAACGCCGCCCACCUGUUCACCUGGCACACACAGAGACGGAGAGGGACCCGGCUGUGAGGUGUGUCCUCUGGGACAUUACUGUGUAGCAGGCAUUGCUAUACAGUGCCCAGCUGGGACAUAUGGACCUAAAGAGGGUCUGCAGAGGGAGAGAGACUGCGCUAUCUGCCCUGCAGGGUUUUACUGUUUGGAGGGCACCUCCCGGAGGCCCAGUUCUCAGUUUCUGUGCCCUCAAGGCUAUUACUGUGAGGAGGGCACCGCCGUGCCACACGGGUCACCUUGCCCGGCCGGCACUGCAGGAGGACAACUGGGCCAGACAAGUAGGGCAGCCUGCAAAAGGUGUGCAGAGGGUCGCUACUGUCCUGCAGGCUCUGCAGGUCCGGGCUUGCUCUGUGCCCGAGGGAGAUACUGCCCGGCAGGCACUGUGGUGGAGGUUAUAUGCCCACAAGGCACCUUCACCGUGCACCAAGGAGCUCUGAGUGUGAAGGACUGUCUGAAAUGCCCAGCAGGGUUCUACUGUCCAGAGGGCACCAGCGAUCCUUUACCCUGCCAGCCGGGUACCUUCAACCCGCUGGAGGGACAGGACUCGAUUGCAGACUGCAGGCCGUGCUACCCGGGGAAGGCCUGUACCCAGGUGGCCCUGAAGGCUCCUGAUGUCGUCUGUAUGCCGGGAUUUGUGUGCCCGCCUGGCUCAGCGCGUCCAAAUGACCCUGCCAACGCCUGCCCACCUGGAACCCUGAGCAACCGGACCGACCUGACCGACCGCUCUCAGUGUCAGCAGUGCCCAGCGCGCUACGCCUGCCUGCGAGGGACUGGCGGUAUCCAGAGGCCUCCACUCUCCUGCUUUCCUGGACACUACUGUCCAGCUGGUUCUAUGUUCCCCACCCAAUACAAAUGUCCAGCAGGUACCUGGAGCGAGCGCAGUGGCCUGGAGUCUGAAAAAGAGUGUCGGCCUUGCACCAAGGGCUGGUACUGCCUGGCUGGUGUUGGAGCUCCUUCUGGAAGGUGCAUCUCUGGGAACUACUGCCCUGAAGGCACAAUGUAUGGCACACAAUUCCCCUGCCCUCGAGGAACCUACAGCACUAAGAUGGGCAACGCUGCAAGAGAGGACUGUAUAGUAUGUCCUGAGGGAUAUUACUGCAAGGAGGGUACGUCUAAACCCGCACCCUGCCCACCAACAACAUUUCGCCAGAUUAAAGGAGGCCAGAGGCCGGAGGAUUGCUCGGUGUGUCCAGCAGGAUACUUCUGCCCUCACUCGGCCACAGUCAACCCCAAAGUGUGUGGAGCUGGAAGCUACUCUGACGAGGGCUCAGAUGAGUGCUCGCCGUGUCUGCCGGGUCACUACUGUAGUGACGAGACCACCAGUGAGGAGGCCAUGUUACGGGUGAUGGUCUGCCCACCAGGCUUCCUGUGCUCACAGGGUUUGGAUCGGGAGCCCCAGCGUUCAGCCAUUCUCUGCCCUAUAGGCUUCUACUGCCCUGGGGGCGGAGUUAAUCCACACCCCAUAGCCUGCCCUAAUGGCACUUACAGCCAACAGCCAGGUCUGCGUGACCCUUCAGACUGCACUAAGUGUCCUGUGGGAAUGUACUGUUUCUCACACCAGCCCCAGGACAAGCCCAUCACUGAACCAACUGGAGGCUGUCCUGAUGGAUACUACUGUCCUGUGGGAACCGGACAUCCUCUUUCCUUCCCGUGUGAAUCAGGAUUUUUCAGGAAUGAGUCUUACGGGCAUGAUGGAGGGAGUUGUGUGAAAUGUCCUGCAAGAUAUUACUGUGCCAGUGUGGCGACACACACGCCUACAGUGUGCCCAGAGGGUUUUUUCUGCCCCGAGGGCAGUUCUGCUGCAGAGCCGUGUGAGGAGGGUACUUACGGCUCUCGCUCAGCUUUGCGUGAGGCGUCAGAGUGCACCCCGUGUGGUGGAGGCAGGUACUGCGCUGGAGUUGGCCAGACAGAACCAUCAGGAGACUGCGAGGCAGGAUUUUACUGCAUGCAGAAAGCCACCAGUGCAACUCCGCUUGAUGGUCAGACUGGAGGUCUCUGUCCAGCAGGAAGUUUCUGCCCCCCAGGUUCAGCUCAUCCAGAGCCCUGCCCCUCAGGAACUUUCAGCAACAGCUCCGGUCUCAGCCACGCCUCGCAGUGUGUCAGAUGUCCUGCAGGCAAUUACUGUCUGGGAUCAAACAGCACUUCACCCACCGGACUGUGCUCUGCUGGAUAUUACUGCACCGGCGGCUCUGCAUCUCCUGUUCAGCAUCAGGCUGAGGAAGGUCACUACUCUCUAGAGGGAGCUGUGAAGGCUGAACCCUGCCCUUUAGGCACUUUUCAACCUGGAAGAGGCCAAAGCUCAUGUAUUGAGUGCCAGCCGGGUCGACUGUGCAACACGACGGGUCUGUCCCAGCAGCCUCUCUGCUCAUCAGGACAUUACUGCCCAGCUGGAUCUUUAAUCGCACACCCGUGUCCUCCUGGUACCUACACGUCUAAUGCAGGAGCAGAGAAGGUGCAGCACUGUGGUCCAUGUGAUGCUGGGCAGUACUGUCACUCUCCUGGUCUCUCGGCUCCUGAGGGACUCUGUGAGUCUGGAUUCUACUGCAGCGGAGGAGCCAUCACUGCCACGCCAGUGAACUUCAGGUCUGGAGAUGUGUGUCCUGCAGGAUAUUACUGCCCUGAGGGCACCAGGCACCCCCGUCAGUACCCCUGUCCCCUUGGCACCUGGAGCAACAUGAUUGGAGCUCAGAACGUCUCUUCCUGCUGGCUCUGCCCACCAGGCUGGUUCUGCAACAACACGGCUCUCACUCAGCCCUCAGGCGUCUGCUCUGCAGGAUUUUAUUGCACCGCUGGAGCUAAAACCUCUAUGCCUGAAGAUGGAGUUACAGGAAACAAAUGCCCCCCAGGAUAUUUCUGCCCAUCAGGCUGCACUUCACCUAAACACUGCCCUGAUGGUACUUACUCCAACACUACAGGUGCGGCAGAGUGCAGCGACUGUCCUCCCGGAUGGCUCUGUCUGGAAGGCGAGGAGGCCCAGCUGUGUCCAGAGGGCCAUUACUGCCUAGGGGGCACUGUGGAGGACAUCCUCCCCUGCCCCCCAGGCACAUACAGUCCCAAAGCAGGGCAGAGCCAAGUAGAGCAGUGUUCACUGUGCUCAGCUGGUGAGAACAGUGCCCCUGCUAUACUUACAUAUUUGGCAGUGUUAAUUGCGGUCAUCGGGUAUUUAUGUAUUUAUUACACCCACCUAUCAUUUUAA